UCCGGCAGGCACGUUCGGGUGUUUCCUGUCAGCUGCGAUACAUUUCCUGCGGGGCUGCAGCGUUGGGUCUAAUAUUGGCGUUAAAGAUUAUGUGAGAGGUUGCUGGGUGAUGCUGACGAUGAUCAUCCCGAGUCUGGCUGCAUUUGGUCGUUGUGUUGCACGGGGUGGGCUGCAGGCAGCUCGACAGCUGGGACAGCGCGCGCUGCUUCACCCAGAUCCCCGGGCUCAGUUGGCGCGAGACGCUCGGAGAAGCUGCAGCACCAGCCGGCUCUGGCAGAGCGGCGCGACUGUGGAGCCCGGCUUUAUUCAUCAGCCAGUUUUUAACAUCGAUGUUUUGGUAGCUUUGUUACGUCAAGAGAAUGCAAAGGACCUUUGUGUCAUUAAACUGCCCAAGGAGCUAAAGUACACUGAUUAUUUUAUCAUUGUGAGUGGAACUUCUACAAGACAUCUACAAGCUAUGGCACAGUAUGCAAUUAAAGCAUAUAAACACUUAAAGAGACAGCAGAACAUUCACGUCCACAUUGAAGGGAAAGAUACAGAUGAUUGGAAGUGCAUAGAUUUUGGUAACAUAGUAGUACAUUUCAUGCUAUCUGAAACCAGGGAAGUCUACGAACUGGAGAAGCUUUGGACUUUGCAUUCCUAUGAUGAUCAAUUUAAUAUGAUACCUCCAGAAACACUACCCAGAGAUUUUAUAUAUGGACCAACAGACAUAGAUGAAAACAGUGACUUCAGAAGAUUGUCUUGAAGGGAUUCACACCAUUGAACCAGUGUUUGUGUGAAUUCAUUCGAACUCCUCUAUAAUAACAAGCAGUGGAAAUGAGUUUGAGGCAAGAGGAUUGGACAGAGUGGCGCAAGACACAGAAAUGAAGUCCAGCUUGUAGAAACUACACACAAGCUGGACAGUUGUACCACUUCACAUUUGGAUCAUGCAUUUGUUUACAGAAGUUGAUAGUAUGCAAAAUUUUAUAAACUAAAUCAGUGCAGCAGCAUUUUAGUUAGAUAUGCUUUACAAAAUUAUCCAGUGUUGAAUGUAUUUACGAAAGAGCCAAUGCUUGGCAGGCUCAGGGUCAGAAGGUUUAUUGUAUACCAGAAACUGAAAUGCAUAUGCCACGUUUGAACCUUUGAAGUUAGACAGUAAUGUAUAUAACACUGAAUUAUAGCAAAAUGAGCUGAAGCUUCUGUUACAAAUAAAAGGCUAAAUGUUUGUCCUUUUAACAUGAACUUUGAUACGUACAAUAUUUCAGCAGUGGGACAGCAUGUCAGACACUUAUCUAACAUUGCAAAAAAAAAAUGGAUUUGACACAGGCAGUGAUGGUAUUGGAAAAGAAACGUAGGCAGAUUAAAAGACAUGUAUUGCCACAUCAAUAUGAGAAUAAGGUUUUUGGCUCCUACAGAUAAAUUGUGAAUAGGAAUUCAGUGGUCUAAAACUUAGAGUACCAUCUGAAUAGCAGCUGUAAGAUACUGAAGGUUAGUGCUGGAUGACAUGCCGUGGACCUGCUCUGAUUAACUAGAGGGAACAUACUGGAGGUCCCUCUAUCCUGUGUGAGGAAAAAAAAUUAAUUUACUGAACCAUUGAAAUUUUAGUCUAUGUUGUUGCUUAAAAUUGAAAGCAUGCAUGAGCCAGUUCUCCUUUAAAUGGAAUGGAGUUAAGAUUUUACAUUGUACAAAAACAGAAAAUCUGGAUUUUUUUUGCAGGACUAAAUAUGGUCUUGAAAGUGACACUUCAAAAGGAAGUAUAGGGAAGUUCGUUGAAAACUGGUGUGUCUUAGAAAUAAGAUUUUCAGAAUUUUGAAAUUUGAUCUUUCACAUUGAGCUGGAAUGAAGUGACAACUGAAUGUGUGCCUCUUGUAUGUAUAUUCAUUAUCAGAGCCUUGUACAAGGAAUUUUGUGAAAUGUUUCCAUGUGUUGUACACAAUUGCAAACCACAGGAGUGGAAUCAUCCAUUAUCCUUCUACUUGGCACAAAAUACAAGUCUGCUUAAUACCUUGAAAACAUACAUAAUCGCAUAGGAGCUAAAUUAUUUUAUUUCAAACAGAGGCAUUUGACAAAUGGGGCUGCAUUGGGGCACAGUAUUUAGAUGAAAGAAACAGAAGUGAGCAAAGUUUUUUUUUGCUGGUUUCACUUCUUUUACAGAACUACCUUCAACUAAAUGCCAAUAUUUCCAAAUUACCAAUCUUGUUAUAUAGUCCAGAAAAUUAAAUGAUACAGCAGCAGAUCAGGAAGUGUAAAUGCAGCAAUUAAACCAAAAACCAAGGUAAAUCAAUCUAUCAAUGUUACUUGCAACAAAAAGUGGGCUCUGACCUUUCAGCCUCACAUCAAUUUAUUUAAGUUAUUAAAUGACCUUCUGUAAUUCAGUUAUUUUAUCAAUGUAAGAAAACAUUUCUAACACUACAUGGAGAAGUCACUCUGCCAAAAGAAUGAGAAUUAAUCCAUUUUGCUAAAGCUAUAACAUAAGCUUUGAGAGUUUUUGAUUAGUAAUGAAUAUAUGUAGGCAAAAACACACCAGACCAUUUUUAAUUGUCUAAUCUGUACAAAAAAUGAUCUUUGGGAAAAUAUCAACCUAUCCUAUGCAGAAAUGCCUCUAAUUCAAAUGUAUCUAAGAGGUAGAUCAAAAAUUGAUGAAGUAAAUGGUUUUGCCAAGUUGUGCCCCUCUAUUUCAGUGCAGCAUGAUGAUAAUGAUCAUCUCAUGCACAAGAAAAAUCACAAAAGGUUCAGAGGUAAUAGCAUGGCUCUGCUCAGACCACACACAGCAGUGUCUAUGCACUAAACGUGCACUGCCUUCAUUUAAAGCACUGAGGUAGCUGGAAAUUGGGUGCACUCAGGAAGUUGACUGGAGCAUUUUCAACUUUACCACAAAUUAGUUGCUUUAGCUUAUUCUAGUCAGACUACAUUUGGUGGGAGAGGGAGGGGGAAUCAAAACUAUUUUGUGGCUGUCAAUUUGGCCAUUAACGCAUUUAUUGCUGUACCGGUUAUCUGUAGAUGUGCACAAACUCUGCUGCAUUUCGACUGAAGCUCAGAGGAAAGAAAGGGUUGAAACUAACAGCCUCCCCCCAUGGCUUAGUGUAGCCCACUACAGUAGCUGCAUAUGUAAACUCUCUUAUUUUCAACAACUUUAGAAUGAGCAAGCAGCAUUGACUUUUCUCUCAAUUAUGAUCACACAUGUGGUUCAAUAAAUUCAGAGUCCACUCUAGCAAAGACUGCCAGUGUACCCAGACAGAUCUAAUAACUCUACCAGUAACUGCAGAUGAAGCUUGCUCUGAACAAAAUGGCCAAGUCCAAAUAGACUGUGUUAUUAUGCAUCAAGAUGCAGUGAUGGUCAAAGGCACCAAGGGUCCAUGCAUUUAAAAUACCCAGUUAUACUAAAAGCUACUCCAUUUUGCAGUCUCUUUCCCCUACCCCAGCCUCUUGCCAUCACUUCCUUGUUUUGUUCCCAAAAGUACCAUCAAUCAAAAAUAGGAAAUAAACAUUUUCAUCAUAUCUUAAAAAGAAAAAAAAUGGCAUUGCUGCUAUUAGUAUAUAUUGGCAUCAUUCGGCGUCUCAAACAUUCACAGAAUUUUGAUCAAGUGAUGGUGUUGUGGACCUCAGGAAAACUGAGGUAAGUAUCAUUUAUUGAAUACUCCCAUCAGCCAGCAGCUAGAAGCAACACAUUUACAUUGAUAUUUUUCUUUGUAGUGCUCCUGGCUUUUAGCUGAUCAAAUUUUACUUUUUUUUUUAAAAAAAUAAAAUGCUUGACUAUUACUUUUAUAAAGUAUACAAAAUAAGCAGAAAAAAGGAACAAUUGAGGUACUAAAUGCCUGAGGUAGUUUAGUAAAAUGCAUAAUCAAUUCAUGCCUUGGCCAAUACCAUUCAACACUUCCCUUAGGUUCCAAUGGCAGUGUUCUAGUAAUCUUUGUAAAACAACCCAAUUUAAAAAAGCCAUUUUGCAUGUUGGGACAGAUGCCUCAAUCUUGCCAACUCCCCUAGUCCCUCCCCCAAAAAAAUCUCAAGGGUUUUAUAAUGAUGAUUUGAACUAUAAGAGCAAUGCCUUUUUGUAACCAGUGAAAAAUCAGAAGAGAAAGCUUCGUUAAACCCAACAGGUCUAAGAAUUUUGGGAAAGCUAACAAGGCAAUGUAAAGAUUUGAAUUCGAACAAAAGAAGGGAAGUGAAAAGGCCUUAUUUAAAGCUGGGUUUCACAAGGUUUUUUUGAACGCCUAAAGAAUACAUUCGCACAAAGACAGAGUUCAUAGGUUGCCUAGUCCUCAAUAAAAGGUGACUGGGAAGAUGGAACAUUUACUUUUUUAAAAUCAGUGACAGGUUUAACUGCCCUGAUUACACAGUGUCUCUCACUCUCUCUUUGGUCUGGCAUCUGUCUCUGUGGUAGAUUGCAGAUCCUGAACCUUUUACUUUCUUCGUGGUUGGGGCUGUCCACUCUGUGCUGUUUUCUGUUGUUGUCUUCUUACUUGGGAUAAAAUUUCUUGAAUUUUUCGCUGAGCAAGCUACAUUUUGAAGAGAUGUCAGUUAGAUUCAUGAAUAUUCUUACAAAAAUUAAUUUACAUUGCAUUCAAGCCUCAUUUAAUCAAAAUGGAACAUGCAAGUCAUGUAAUCUCCCAGCUCACAAGGGAAAUAGUGAAAAUGAAAGAAACAGUUAAAGAUCUGUAAACUGAUGUGUAAAAAUAUAUAAAUAUUGUAACAAAGUCUCUGGCACCUUCUCCACAUAACCAAUAAAUUCACAUUUUGGAGCAUAAAAAAAUUCAAGUCAUAUUAAAACAAAGGUUGCAAAUUUACUGCGAAAUAGGGCAAGUUAGCCAAUCCUAUCUAUACUGAAUCUGUGACAAUGUCCAAUUAGUGUCAUCCUCCACUGACACAAUUUCCUCAACUUAACAUUUAAUCAAAUAUGACUCUUGUCAAAUUAUAACCCCUCAAGAACCGGCUACAAGAGUCAGAGGUAAAAACAUACAUUGGUAAGGAUGAUGCAAGGUGGUUUCUGGGGUGCGUGGACAGGUUAAAAAUGAGGUAGAAAGUGGCAGAUAGAAAUUAAUGUGAAAAAAUUGGGGCAUUAUCCAUUUGGUAGAAAAAAAUAAGCAAAAAAGGUGCAGUACUUACUAAAUGGUGAGACAUUGGAAAAUAUUGCUGUUUAAAUUUAUUUGGGUGUCCUUCUCCAAAAGGCACUAGAAACUUGCUAACAAGGCCAACAGACAAUCAAUCAGGAAGACAAAGGUAUAUUUGGCCUUCGUGGCAAAGGGAUUACAGCAGAGGGGCUGAUGUUAAGAAUGAGAGAUGAUCCAUUUAAAACAUUUUUAAAAAUUGAUACAGGGUAUGACAGGAUAGAUAUGGAUAUUUUCCCUGACUUUUAAGUCUAGAACUGGUUCCAGAAUAUAGGACCUGUGAUUUAAGACAAAGACCAAAGAACAUCUUCACUCGGUAGAUGAUCCAUCCUUGAAAUUCCAUACCCCAAAAGAAGGAAAUGUAUUAAAAAAAAUUCUGCAGUGGCAUUAAGGACAACGUUAAACCCCCCCAUUAUGUAACACCUAAGUUUUGACGUGCAUGCUUGCUGUUGGAAUAUAAAUGGAUGAUGACCAUCUAUGAUCUGUUUGAACAGGCUCAUCAGGCUAAACGGCUACUCCCGUUUUUUAACUCACCACCUCUUUUUAAAUCUAAACCUCCAACAGUACAGUAAAUAAUUCAUAAUUUCCCACUGACAGGACAGAUUAGUCCAACUUCCCACAUCUAACUCAGAGCUAAGAAUGCUACCCAUCGAGCAUGCUGAUGCUGGACAGUCAAUGAACUCAAAAGUAGUCUGAAAUACCUACAAGAUCAAAAAUCAGAAGUAAGGAUGGCAUUUAAAAACUUUUAUUCAAGAUUUUUUCAAAACAGCAAAUUUUGCAAUUUUAAUCCUCUUUGCCUGACCUUCAGUAACAAUUCAAGCAAUAAUCACCAAAUUAUCAGUAACUUCUCAACAAUAUAAACUGCUUGUGAUUGAUCUCUUUCCCCCCCCCAUUCACACUUCAGAAUAAGCCCCCUGCCACCAGAGUAGCUUAAAUACUUGAGUAGGAGUAUCAGACUGGACCAAACUUCUCCAGGUGGCAUUAGAAAUAAACUGGUAAAAACAUCAUGCCACAACACAUUUCAACUUUUCCUGUAGAGACAUCCACCAUAAAACAGGAAGCGAGACACACACAGACACCACUUUCUCUGUACACAGGAAAUUGAAAGAUUUCUACUCAACGAUAAUGGUUAUCAGAAACAUUUAAGUCAUUAAUCUAUAACAAAGUGCAAGUUGAGGCUAGUAAAGGCAUUACCUGACUUGCAAAGAAGUGACCAGUUAUUUUCACAAUAACCUGAUCAUUUUCAUCUGGCGUUUGAUCACGAGGUACUACCACCUCUGCACUCGUCAGGUUUUGUAGUUCAUUUACCUUUUAAAAAACACAUGUUGAAACGUUUUAAAUAAAAAGGUCCAACACUAAGAAUCCCAAAAGUGACACCAACAAAAACAAUUGCACAUUUUUAGAAUUCAGCAGAACAAUUUCCAGGUGAGUGGAGAACAAUGCAAUUUCCAUCUUCGGAGAUUAAACUGACCAAAUACCCACAGAACAAUUAUUCCAACACUACAUUGAGGAAAAUAAACUGCAGAGGCUUUGCUAAAAAAAGUAAAACAUUAGAGACUGAGAACAUAUUCAAAAUUAAUCAUUUGACAAAAGCAUUGGAAUUUGAAAGGUAUGAUGCCAAAAUCUGCAGAUAAAGCAUGCAAGACUUAACUAAAUUACAGAACGACAUAUAAAGUUUGCACAUAGGGCAGAUAACUGACAUGUUCUUACUUAUAUCUCAGACUGCAGAAGGUGAAAAAGUAGAUUUACUCCACAAGCCAAAUUACAGAUGCCAUUACAUCUGGUACUCACUGUUUUGCCUCCUUUCCCAAUUACUCUACCAGCAGCAUGGGAUGGCACUUUGAUAUGGGUCUCUAACUUAACUUCUUCUUUGGGUCCAAAGAAGUUUUCCUCUUUCAGUUUAUUAUAGAUUCUUCCUUGAGCCUGAAAGAUGAAACAUUUUCCAACUAUAACCAUUCCCUUUUAGAAAUUGGGCUUCAAUUUCCAUUUGACAUUUAAAAAGUUGUUGCAGUACUUUAAAAUGUAAAGAUACAUUAAUCAAAAUAAUCAUUGAUGGAAAAUUUAAUCCAGUCAGCACAUUGUAAAUUUUGAAAAGGGUACAUGCAUACGCCAUCAAGGACAGAAAUCCCACAAAAUUGUUUUUUGAAAAUUGAAAAAGCAAGUUAUUAAUAGCCUAUUGUUUUGGACAUUAUGAACGCAACAUAAUUUACUGAGAGUUUAGUACAACUGUAUGAAGUCACAAACUACAGUACUGAUCAGCUCUUUGUUAUAAAACAGACAAUUGCUGGAGAAGCUCAUCAGGUCUGGUAGCAUCUGUGGAAAGUGAAAAACAGAUUUACCAGAGUCCAGUAUGGCUUCUUCAAGACACAUUCUGCUGUUCUGAAGAGUCGAACCAGACUCAAAAUUAACUGUUUCUCCCUCCAUGCAUGCUGCUAAACCAGAUUACUUUCUCUAGCAUUCUGUGUCUCUCAAGAUUUCUAGCAUCUACAGUGGUUUGCUUUUAUUCAAGCUAGUUACCACAGCACAACUCCAUUAAAUUCACAUGAGACCAAGUUUGAAUUACUAACAUUACAAAUAUCACAAUAUUACAGAACGCUGGAGGGCUCAGAUUAGCUAACACCUACAGUUGUUGUUUCAAGCUGUACAGUGAAAGCUUGAACAUUCCAAAACGAUAAGUUUUUUUUGAAACUGCCAGGCAUGCUAGAAUCUCAUACCAACACUAAUUAAUACUAGCUUUAUAUUAAUAUUUAUUUCAUGCAUAAUAUAUGGAUCAGAAAGUUUGAAACUGACUUGAAAUUAGAUACAAUUCAGGAGACAACUUGAUGCAAAACAAAAAGGGAUCCUUCUUGGCACUGAUUUAUAUGUUUGCAGAGCAAACUUUGAAUUUCAGAGAAAAAAAAUCACCUUAAACUGAGCUUCAGGCUGCCCUGUGAUGAUCACCAUUCGCUGUUUAGCAUCUGGACUCUCUGCAGGAGCAAUCUGCAAAACAUUUACAGAUCCCAAUAACACCUUUAAAUUAAAUGAUAAACACACACAGCCAAACCAACCAAAAAGUUACUUCUUUAUUCUCUCACCUCAAUUCUUCAUGUUAGUUACCCCACUAAUUUUUCUUCCUCCACAAUAGAGUCUAUGUGGAUAACAUGGACUUGGGCUAUGAGGUGUGAAUGUUUCUACCACCUUAAGCGUUAAACAAUAAUCACUGACAAUAGAAUCUGAGAAAUGGAUGUUCAAUAACACUGCCAUUACUGAAUCCGGUAUCACCAACAUUCUGGGAUUUACCAGUGACACCAAGCUGCAGUCAUAGGACUGACAGUGGUAAUACAGUAAUGUCACUGGAGCAACAAAAUUCAUACAUCCAGACUAGCAUGCUUCAGUGGCAGAGAGUGAAAUUUGAACUCAACGAUCUGCAUUAAAAAUCUAACCCAAUGAAGACCAAAUAACCAUUUCCAAUUGCAUCAUUCUGGUUUAUUAAUGUCCUUUAGGGAAGGAAAUCUACCAUCCUUGCCUGGUCUGACCUGCGUAUAAACCUGGAGUCUAUGACUCCAGACCCACAGCAAUGAGGCAUGACACUUAAGUGCCCUCAGAAAUGGCCGAGCAAGUAAGUCAGUUGUAUCUAAUCACGGAAAGAAAGAAACUGGGCAUACCGAUAAGCAUCAACUCAGACACUAGAAACAACCAAACUGCUUGCAUGCAAUUGGCAAGAGCUAAAUAAUUCCACAACCAAUGGAUCAGUUUUAAGAUUUACAGUCCUAUCACAACCAGUCAUGAUUGGUGGUGGACAAUUAUAUAAUUAGGAGAAAAAAAAUUCUACAAAUAACUUCACCUUGAAUGAUGGGACAGGAUAACCAGCCACAGUGCAAAAAAAACUUUUGCCAGUACUAAGGUGGACGAUCCAUCUGCCUGGAACCAUUUGUUUAGAACAAUCACAUUGGUUUGGCAGUAUCCAUUACCUUUCAGCCAAUGGUUCCUGACAACAUUCCAAUACUGAAGACCGGUGCUCCAGAACUAGCCGCAUGCCUAGCUAAAAUUGUUCCAGCAUAACUGCACAAGUGGUAGAAUACCUGACAGUUAAAGACUGUCCCAGUGCAUCUUGUCCACAAACCGUGGACAAAGCCAACCUGGCAACUUCAACUUUUCAGUCUAUUCCCUAUUGGCAGAGGAAAGAAGCACAUGAUAAGAUAAAACAGAACUCAAAGUUUUUGACAGCUAUGCUGCCGUUUAUGGCAUGAAUAAGUACUGACCACGAAGUUUGGAAAGCUGACUUGGAAGUGUAUUUUGGCCUGAAAAACAGCUUUUAAAAACAGCCCAUUAUGUUGAUCAAGGCUUGUACUAAUCACCGUAGAACACGUAAUUUUAUUUGCUGGAAUCUAUUCAUUUGUUCCACAUUG